CCGCGAAUCAAGAAAUCACUUUGCAUUCAGCGUGGCCAAAUACUUUACAUCAACUACGGGCUCCUACACAUAAUUUCCAUGAGGUUCCGUUCCCAGCAAACCUCUGUACGUUGAUGGGCGCGUCGCAACCUAAAAUACACAUACGAUUCUUGAAAGGCCCAUCACUUUCGUUCGUCGAAGCACUAUUUGAAACCGCGCCACAUCGCGACCAAAUGCUCAAUUUGCCGUUAAGCAACCAAUAUACAAGCACGGAAUAGGAUCACUUCUGUUGUACUUCGCGACCUGCGCGAAUCAUGGCUUUCAGCUUUGGAAAUGCCAGCCAGACGGCCUCUGGGUCGGGGCAGGCCCAAAUCGGCCCUGAUCUCCUAGAUAUUCAGACAGAGGCAUUGGGCUUCUUAGCUAUUGCUGGGGAAGCCAAAUUACAGCUGCUUCCGUCCCCAUGGCCGAGCACGAACCUGCCGCCACCUACCUCAUCCCUCAUGAGUAUCGCUCCGAAAAAAGGGCUUGUUGCCGCUGCAGGACCAGAUUGUGUUAUAUUAGCGACGACAGAGUCAAUACGAAAAGCAUACGAAGGACCACGGAUAGGCGAAAGUCACACUCGCCCAUUUCACGCGCAGUUGACACUCCCGAUGCCCAUGAGGCUCUCCCAGGUGACGUUUACAGCCGACGAAACGUACCUGGUGUUGUCUGCUGAGGUCGGAGGAGGCUUGGCUGUCUACGAGGUCCAAAAUCUUAUGAACGGGUCCCAGGCGUCCUCUUUUGAAAUGUCUACAAACUCGGCCCCCCUCCGAGCCGCAGUUCCAAACCCAACACCCGAAAAGGGUGAACUCCUGGCCAUUGUUACCAUGGACGGCAAACUCAUGGUAGCUAAUCUGAAAGAAAGGAAUUUUAUAUCCGGCGCUACUGGUCAGAUCCUUAAGGAAGGUGUAAGCUGUAUUUCCUGGAGCGUCAAAGGGAAGCAACUAGUCGCCGGCCUUAUUGAUGGCUCGGCUUUUCAAAUGACCCCCGAAGGUGUGGCCAAAGCACAAAUUCCUAGGCCGCCAGGUGUUGACCCCGGCUACCACGUCUCUUCUAUCACAUGGCUAGAAAAUGACGUCUUCAUGAUGGUUCAUAAUCCGUCGAACAUUGACGCCAACAAUGCGCCCACUUCUGUAUUCCAUCUUGUGACUCGGCUACCAAAGUCUACAGAGCAUAUUUUUCAGAAAUUGGCCGAUCCAGCCCCAAACUUUGGUUUGAACCGCAGCCCGCCUUAUCAUUUCUUACUACGCCUUAGAGACUUCCCUCCGAACCUUCGAGAUCUUAUCAUUGUGUCGUCCACCGCGUCUACGGAUAUUGGGCUUUUCACAAGAUCUGCGGUUCCUUUAGUUUCAGACAAGCCCGCUGAUAAGGUAACUGAUGUCUUCACUAUGACUGAGAUGUCGGAUGAUUCUCGGCGAGCACAGUUGCCUGUAAACGAGGCAAUGGAAGACACAUCGCCCAUAGGAGCGAUUCUAGAUCUAUCUUCUAGAGAGAGUGUUCCCAGACCCAUUCCAAGUGAUGAAAUGGACGAGUCUCGAACGCCUUUGCCAGCUUUGCUCGUAUUGAACAAUGAAGGGGUUUUGGCUUCGUGGUGGGUCGUAUAUUCGGAAUCUGUUCGUCAAGGAACUUCAUAUCCUGGUUUGGUUGCAGCGGCCGCGUCCCAACCCGGUGGUGCCAUGCAGCCUCUUUCAUCCAGCCAAAAUGCACCCUCCGUACCAGGUUUUAACCAGACAUUUGGCUCCCCAUCAAACGUAGGGAGUGCAUUUGGCGCCACAAACAAACCCGCAUCCUCCUUUGGUAGUGGAACCGCAUUCGGGGGUCAGCCUAAUAAGCCGUCGGGUUGGCCUAGCACGUCUUCCGGCCCGGUGGCUACAACUGGACCUGCCUUUGGAGCACCUUCCUUUGGCACCCCAGCCACACCAGCUUUUGGUGGCCCAAAAUUUGGCACCCCUACCUUCGGGAACGCGGCAUCACCGGCUUCGGGAGGUGUUGCUUUUGGUAAUUCUGCACUUCCAGGCAGCCGACCUUCUCCAUGGAGCGCGGCAGCAUCAGGAGCGCCAGCAACCACAUUUGGUCAACCCUCAGGUCUCGGAGUGGCAGGAACUACAGGCUUGGGAACUGCAAAGCCACCUGGCUCUGUGUUUGGGUCAGGCGGUGGUUUAGCUGCUCCUGCUACUGGUGGAUUUGCUUCAUUCGCUAGCAAUGGCGGGUUCGCAGCUGUGGGCACAUCACAGAAAGACCAGGGAAAUAUAUUUGCAACUAAAUCGGAAUCUACAAGCUUCUCAUUGUCGCCGAAGACAGUUGAUAACACAUCCAGCUUUGGCUUCAAUGGUGGAACUCCAGCUGCCCCGCUUAGAGGCACCUUUGGUUCGCAGGGUUUCACUUUAGGGUCGACCUUUAAACCUGAUAGCUCUCGCAAAGACGAUGGCCAAGGGACUGGGAAAGCUGGAAGUGGUCCAUUCUUUGGCGGCGGAUUCGGAAAGGCUCUGGGAGAGGCCCAGGUAUCACCUAUCGUUUCUAGUCCGGAAGCAACUAUGGAUGAUACCACUGACUUAGGCCAGGAGCCCACUGUUGCUCCAAAAGACACUGUUACGGAACCAAUUAUUAAAACAGACGAGGGCCUUCUAGGGACUGGACCCGCCAUAACCGCCCCUAAAUUUCAGUUCCCGACGUCACAACCAAAAGCUAUUGGCCCUGGGGGGCCAGCACCUAAACCGACCAACACUACGGCGCCAAAUGUGCAGAUCCCAAGCUCGACAAGCUUUAGCUUCGGGCCUCCAGUCGGAAGUACAGAAUCGAAAGACACUGCCAGCCAUACCAGGGAAUCUGCACCCGUUUCUGAAUCUAUUCCAGUCUCGAAGCCAAGAUUACCAUCGAGUAACGAUGUUAGCCAAAAUUUACCCAACGUGACCAAGGCAGAACGCCCUUCUGCUGUUGCCUCCCAAGAGAGCCAACGGGUUAGCGACGCCCAUGUUCCGGCCAAAAGUCAACUUGAUGCACCUCUACCACCUGAUUUCAUCAACCUGCCAAAGCCGCCUGCUACCCAGACGCUCAACCCGGACAAGCCACAACAAAGCAAAAGCCUGCCGUUCCAACAAGCAGAUCUUACCCCCCCGCUCCAUGUGCCGUUUAGCCCAGGAGAGGGCCCAGGUUCUGAUUAUUCUGAUGUCGGGGAUCAAAGUUAUAGUGACGAUGAGGAAAAGAGUGAUGAAGACAGUGCGAACGAAAUUGCCAAUGCGGACGGCAAUACACCAGGUUUAACCCCCGAAAGUUCUUUUGACAAGCCCAAUUAUGCAAAUCGUGGAAACGCAGCAUUUGCCACUGGCCCUCUUAGUGGCCACCAACCACCUUCUAGAUCACUUUUUGGAGAAAUCGGAAACCGCAAUACUCCUGUUUUGGCGCCGCCUAAACCGGAAAGUCCACGAUCGCCAAGCCCUAUUCGUUCGUCUGUCCCAACCCGGCUUCUUGGCAGGCCGGACGCAUCUCGAUCAGUUAGUGCUCCUAUUGCAGCAUCACAAAUUUUGGGUGCCCGUGCGGCGCCCAUCUCUAGCAAUGCUUUUGGGAAGGCUGGUGAAUACGGAGAAGAAGAAGCCAGACGACGCACUGAAGCGUCCAAGAAGAAAGAAGCUGAAGAAUCCCAAGCCUUGGUGGACAUAGAAGAUGACAGGAUGCAGGACUUUCUCAGCAGAGACGUAGAGGGCACAACAAGGCUUGAUGAGUUUGUUGCACAUCAGGACUAUGUUGGCGGCGCAGACAAAGACAGCAUACCGUUCCAAGUUGAAGCUGUCUAUCGUGAUAUUAAUUCCAUGAUAGACACACUGGGUGUAAACUCACACACAGUGAGAAGCUUCACUAAGGGCCAUACUGAGCACUACAAAGAUGCCGGUCGAGAAAGAGCCGACUUGGAAGGAGAUGAAACAUGGUGCCUCGGAGAAAUCGAAAAUCUAUCUAGCAUCAUCGAGAAAGACUUGUUGAGGGAGCUUCAACAAGGCUGUAUUAAGGAUGUUGACAGCAAGCUUCAACUUUGUUCCAAUUUCGUCAAGGAAUUAGUUAAGCUACGAACUCGCACCGAGGACGCCCUGAUAGUUAUCACUUCCAGUCGCGAUCAAGAUCACAUAAACAUCAACAGGUCUCAGCCAUUAACAGCUGAGCAAAUCGCACAACAACACGACCUUCGAAAAGAUCUGGCACAUUUUCAGAAGCUCCUUGGUGACGCCGAGGAGCAACUUAUCAUGCUUAGAGCUAAUAUAUCAUCCUUUACCGGCUCUGGUGGGAAAUCGGGCCCAGGUCCAACUACCGAGGCCGUUAUGAGGACGAUUGUGAAGAUGACAGCGAUGGCUGAGAAACGCAGUGGUGAUGUGGAUGUCAUAGAAAACCAAAUGCGCAGGCUGCGGUUCAGCUCGGUUACCAGCAAUGACCGUAACAGCCCCGAAGGCUCUCCAUUCGCGAGCCCAACAAAGUCCGCUAUGCGCCAUAAUACGACUUUCGCCAAAUCUGGACGUCCAUAUACGCCAGACGGGACUCAAAAGGGGUCCCGCGCCCUACAUAUGUCAUUAUCAUCGUCUACACGGUCGCAAAAUCAGUCGACGCCGCCACGAAAGAAACUUGAAGGGUUCACAGAAGAAGAUAAAUCAACUAUCAAAUGCUCCUUCUCAAGAAAAAGAGAGGUUACCGAUAAGUUGAAGUUGGCGUUGGAAAGGUCCAAAACCAAAGUCCGUCCGAUGGAAGAUGAAUGAUGUCUUGCCAUUACGGACAGAAUGCAAAUUACCCUUUAAGAGGCGCUCUCUUUCUCUAGACUUUGGGGUUCUUCCUAAAUGUAGCUUCAGGCUGUAAUGAUUUGGGACCAGACACAUACGAAUAAUGUUUAUCGAGGAAUAUCGAAUGUCAUAAAUACUGUAUAAACAUUUCCAAGUUAACUUUUGGCGGUUCUUAUUGGCUGCUGACUAAUGUUCGUGAAUUGCAACACCUCGUUUCCGUGAUGCUUACGGGCGUAACAACGCCUCUUGUGCCUGCUAUAUGAUCCUAAUCCAACAUCAAGGAACCAAAGUCUAUUUUCGCACGCAGCCUUAUUUCGGGGCUUUGAUACGAAACCAACUCUAUUUCAAUCCAACCAAGCAAAUUCUAGCUCAAACUUGUUAGCGCGUUCAUGCACCAUACCUCUUUGGUCCCCUUCAAUGCGCCCAUCUCGUUUUAUUUACCCCGACGAUUAAACCAUUCACAAUCUCAUUCUGGAUAUGGAUCCAUAUCCUCCGUGGCAAAAUGGCCCACCCGAUAAUCAACUAACGGGCCACCCCCCUUCUGCGGACGGAACAGCAAGGCUCCAGGCGCUUAGUUCUAACUCUAAUUCUACAAGUGGCCCUAGUCCUAGCCCUGUAGCUGCUGCUCUCCCGGAAACUCGUGUUAGGCGGCGGAACCGCAUGAUUACAUCUUGUUUGGAAUGCCGCCGAAGGAAGCUCAAAUGUGAUAAAUCUCAUCCGUGCGUGAACUGUACCAAAGGCCACCGAGACUGCAUAUUUCUGGCCCCGGCACUCGACCAAGCUAGCCGGCUAAAAUUAACGGAGAUAAAGGACCAAGUCGGAUCCUUGGAGAGUUUGCUUGGGAAGGGGCCUCAGCAACCGCCUUCAGCUGCUACCUUGCCACAUAUUAAAGGCAAUCCAGCCGAUAUUAAGGACGAAGACUUGCCACAAGCAGAAGAUGAGAAAGACCUGGAACCAACUCCGCUCGCCGUUGUGGACGCCGUAUACGAGGAUGAUGCCGACGAUGAUCUCCUCGAUCUUGGUAUUCAAAUAGGCAGGAUGAGAAUUACAGAGAGAAUUGGAGGCUUCUUUCGACCGCGCCUCGCUCAGGAACUGGCGUAUUCCCUAUAUGACACGUCGAAGCCGCCCCUCUCGCCAGACAAUAGCAAUACUACCCGAUCGGGCGUCCAAACCUACCAAUAUCUGAUGCCUAGUCCAGCAUACAUUGCGCCGGCUUCGGGGUUUGUUUUUGGCCAUGCUGAUAGUGGCUCUUCUCUCAUUGACUAUCUGCCUACGCGGUUAGCAGCGGAUCGCUUGGUUAAACAGUAUUUUACAGUUGUUCACCCUGUCGCGCAAUUGCUUCACUAUCCCAGCUUUGAGAAGGAAUAUGAGAACUUUUGGGAUGAUAUUUCGCUUGGAAUUGAACCUCCUACUUCGUUGCAGGCAAUCGUGUUUGCUGCAAUGUUCUCUGGGGCGGUCAGUAUGAGCGAGAUGGUUAUUUUGAGAGAUUUCGGUGUGCCUAAGGACCGGUUAAUCGAUAACUUCAAGUCGGGCACAGAGACAGCGCUUAGCAAGUCUCACUUUCUACGCACUACGAAGGUUGAAACCUUGCAGGCAUUUGUUAUGUAUCUUACCCCACUAUGCCGUGCAGAAACAUCACGAGCGCACUCGGUUUUAGUCGGAGCAGCAAUCCGCAUGGCUGAAUGCAUGGGCCUCCACCGAGAUGGCGAGACAUAUGGGUUGAACCCCAUCGAGACCCAAGUUCGACGACUGAUCUGGUAUCAGUUGUGCUUCUUAGAUAUCAGAACGUGCGAGGCUCAAGGACCAAGGCCAUCGAUACGUAGAGGCGACUUCGACACUAGGUUGCCGAUUAAUGUUAAUGAUGUAGAUUUACACGCCAACGGUAAGCCUGUGACUGGUGUAGACCGCUGGGUGGAUGCAACAUUUACGACGAUGAGGUUCGAGGUCAAUGAGAUGAUGAGACUUAUCUGGAGUGAAAGGCCUCGCAUCGAGUCUCGCAAGUCAACAUUAACGAAUCUUCUUGGCAAAAUCGAAGCUUUCCGACAGCACUUAGCUGAGAAAUACGACCAUCUUAUUGACGAGCGCGUACCCUUUCAAAGGUUUGCAAAAAUGGUUAAAAACCUUCUAUUGGGGCGCCUAACUGUCAUGGUACUACACCCUUAUCACAACUCUGUCCAGAACAUGAUGCCUCCACGGCUACACAAAAUGCUGAUAGCUGCGGCAACAAAUACCGUCGAGAAUGCCAUGUGGAUCGACAGUGUGCCUGACGUGCAUCCUUGGGCUUGGUAUGGAGGAGCAUUUAACCAGUACCAUUCAGCAUUUUUGUUACUUUUGGAUAGCCACUUCUUCUCCCAUGGCGAGAACCUGGACCGCAUUUGGCAUUGCCUGGACUACGUUUUUGAAACCGACCCCUCUGAGCCGCGGGAGGUGAAAGCUCGCAAGGUUCUCUGCGAACUACAAGAGAAGACUACGGUGUAUCAACAGUUCCGCAAGAUGCGUGCAUCACCGUCAAUGCUCAAGCACGUUGGACAACGGCCCCCACGAAGAGUUGAUAGGAAUAUAAAUUCAGGCGCAUCGUCGGUCAGUGCACAGCAUGGGGAUGCAGGGGGCACAAAACCCUCUUUAAUCGGCAAAGUGCCUGUGCCUGAUGUCGUUUUUGCCGGGGUUUCCAAUGGCGAGGCUCUUUGGGCACUUCCUAAUUAUGGGAGUCCUGCGGGAAGUAGUGACUCGGGGGGUGUUCCAGGCCAAACCAACCCUGUUCAAAUGGAGAAUACAAAGAUGGAAUAUUCAAUGCCCGAAAUUGACUGGGAUGCGUUUGAUAUCUUGUUUCCACCGAAUGAAUCGGGUGAAAUGAUGCAACAGGCGUAUGAUAAUGUUGACAAGGUGCCUGUGUGAAUAGCGCAGGCCAUAUGGUAUGAUGGGAGUUUAUAGGAUAGGUAGUGACGAUAGCAAAGGUCACAGAUAGUAUAGAAUUUACUGGAAAUUUGGAUUACUCUACCUGCAGGAUUCGGAUAUAGAUAGAG